UCUCAGUAAUUCCGUUUUCCGGAAUGGUCUCUCUCUGACUGUCCUCCUCACAUUGAAAUGCUUCUAGCGGUUUAAAAAAAAAAAUUCUGAUGUGAAAUUCUUAUUAUUACAGGAAUUAAUUACAGUACUGUUGUCAAGAGAGAAGCUUUCCACUACAGCUGCCAGUCAUGAUCAGGCACUGGAGGACAUUUUCACAUUGUGUCUUAAGAAGUCAGACAAAUUAUGUACUUCCAAAACCAGUUAGAAUACUUCUACCCUUGUCAUCACUCACAUGUACUGCAGCCCCACGUACUCAUUCUACCAACAUCAAGAUGCGGUCCUACUUACAAUACAUGACAAGGAAAUUCAAAGGUGCACCGGCUCCUCCAUAUAAUCACGUGUGCCAGGUCGGAGAUCCUGUGUUACGUUCACAGGCUGCGGCAGUGGAACCUGGAGCCAUUCAAGGACCAGAGGUGCAGAAGGUCAUAAAGACUCUGGUCAAGGUGAUGAGAACGCUCGAGUGUGUCGGCCUGAGCGCACCCCAGAUUGGUGUUCCUCUACGGAUAUUAGCCUUGGAGUAUCCCAAAAAAAUGUUGCAAGAAAGCUCAAUCACGUCCAUUGAAGCCCGGGGUCUGGUGGCAGUGCCCCUGAUGAUUUUUGUAAACCCACAGUUGCGUGUACUAGAUGGACACACCGUCAUCUUCCAAGAGGCAUGUGAGAGCAUCUGUGGGUAUUCAGCAUCCGUUCCACGCUAUAUGUCAGUAGAAGUCUCAGGUCUUAAUGAGAAAGCAGAGCCCGUCACCUGGAAAGCGAGUGGGUGGCCGGCCAGAAUACUGCAGCAUGAAAUGGAUCACCUCAAUGGAGUUUUAUAUAUCGAUCGCAUGGACAGUAAAACCUUCAUUAAUGUAAAAUGGGAAGAGUACAAUGAAUAAAGCUUUGGGAACUUUAUUGCAACCUUACCUUUGGAUUUCAGAGAUAAUGGAGCUUUAAUUAAAUCCUUUGUUAUCCGA